AUGGUUGACACAGCCACAAGAAAUGCCGAAGUUAUUAAACCACGUGUUUUGGCAUGGCUUCAGAAGGUCGAUGAUUUAAUGGAACAAGUAGAAGAAGUAUUGAAGGUUGCAGAAAUUCCUGGAAUGGAGUCUCUAUCCCUUAAAACUUCGAAAUUGAAGACUUGUUACUUACUGGGCAGGAAUGCCACGAAGAAGACUGCUGUGAUUGUUAAGCUCCAAGUGGAAGGUUUAUUUGAGAGGGUGGGCUAUCCUACACCGUCGGUGCCGAUGCCAAACCAAACACCCCAUCGUGACUUUCAGGGUUUUGAAACAAGGAUAUCUACUAAGAAGGAAAUAUUGGAUGCUCUUAAGGACAAAGAUAUCAGCAUAAUUGGCAUCUGUGGCAUGCCUGGAGUAGGUAAGACAACGAUGGUGAAUGAAAUAGCCACUCAAGUCAAAGAUGAGAAAUUAUUUGAUGAGGUUGCAAUGGCAGUUGUAUUUCAGGAAGCAGACAUAAUAAAAGUUCAAGAUCAACUUGCUGAAAAACUUGAUUUGAGAAUUGAAGAAAAGACAGAAAGUGGGAGAGCUCAACGACUUUAUAGAAGACUUACACAUGAGAAUAAGAGAGUUCUCUUAAUAUUGGACGAUGUCUGGAAAGAAAUUGAUUUGGGAAAAAUAGGAAUUCCAUUAGCGCAUGAUUGCAAGGGAUUGACAAUUCUAUUUACAACACGAAAUGAAGAUGUAUGCAGAGACAUGGGAACCCAAAGGAAAUACGAAGUAAAAGUUUUGCCUAAAGAAGAAGGAUGGCAACUUUUCAAGCAUGCUGCAGACAUUUCUGAUUAUACAACUGAAGUUGAAGGCAUAGCAGCUGAAAUUGCAAAGGAAUGUGGAGGCUUACCUCUAGCUCUAGUGACUGUUGGCAAAGCACUGAAAAAUAAAAUGCCACAUAAAUGGAGAGAUGCACUUCAACAACUACAAAGUUCUAGUGUGACCAAUCUCAGAGGAAUGCACGAUUUGGUUUACUCAAGAAUAGAGUUGAGCUACAACUAUUUGGAAAGUGAUGAAGCCAGGUCCUUGCUUUUGCUAUGCUCUCUAUUUGCUGAAGAUCAAAGUAUUUCAAUUGAACGUUUGGUUAGAUAUGCAAGGGGGCUGGAACUGUUUCAAAAUACUGAGACACUGUCCCAAACCAGAGACAGAGUAAAUUCGAUUGUGGAUGAUCUGAAACUUUGUUAUUUACUAUCAUCCAGUGAAGGGGAGGAAGAGGUGAAAGUGCAUGAUGUCGUUAGAGAUUUUUGCUUAUCGAUAGCAUCUAAAGACAAAUCUGGAUAUCUGGUGAAACAUGUCGAUUUGAAACAGUGGCCAAAAAAUGAUAACAAGGAUUCAUACAGUGCCAUCUCACUAACAUUUGGUGAGCUGGACGAGCUUCCCUGUGGAUUUAAAUAUGGGAACCUCGAGUUGUUACGGGUGCGUUGCAAUUCGGGAGAACAGAACAUAUGCAAAGAUUUUUUUGACUACAUCCAGGAACUCAGAGUUCUUGAUUUCAGUUGGAUGAACAUUCAACUCCCAUCUUCAAUCAAUUUGUUGAUGGGUCUUCAAACUUUGUGCUUGGACUACUGUGAUUUAAUGUGUGAUAUAUCAAUAAUUGGGAGUCUAAAGAAAUUGGAAAUUCUCACCUUUUAUCAUUCUUGUCUCUAUGUUUAUUUUCCUAGUGAAAUGGCUGAACUAAGAAACCUAAGGUCACUGGAUUUGAGGUUCCAGGAAGGCCCUCAUCUACUUCCACCUCAUGUUUUAUUGGGAAUGAAGAAACUGGAAGAGCUGUACUUGGGAAAUUACUUUAAAGCAGGAGAUGAAGAACAUAGGUACAUUAUUGAAGAGAUAAUUUCAUUGACUGAUCUUAACACUUUCCAAAUUUCAACGGAUGAUACUCAGUUUCUUAUACAAAUAUUACAAGGGUUGUGCCUUGAAAACCUGAAAAGAUAUGAAAUCACCUUAACCAAGGAAAAGAGACUCGCUGCUGGAGAUUAUCAUGUCAGAAGGAGGUUGGAUCUCCUAGAUGGAAUUGACGCAAGUCUGCUUUCGCAACCUGGGAUUAGUUCAUUAAUGAAGACAACCGACCAUCUUUAUAUUGUAAAAGCGGCAGUGUGGAAGAAUGUUGUGAGUGAGUUGGAUGAAGAUGGUUUCAUUAACUUGAAGAAGCUGAGGCUAUCAAGUUGUGAUUUUGAGUAUAUUAUUGAUGGUACAUACUCCAUUCCAAGAGGAACCUUCAGACAUUUGGAGCUUCUAGAAUUGAGGGGUUUACAAAAUAUGAGAAAGAUAUGCAAUGCAAAUCUUCCAGGAAUGGAACCUUUUGGGAUGGGUGUCCCCAUAACUCCAUUAUUUGGUAGCCUUAAGGUUCUUGAGAUAUUAAACUGUGAUGAAAUUAGAAGCAUGUUUUCAGAAUCAGUUGCAAAGAGCAUGGUGAAUCUCCGAAGUCUAUAUAUACAUUAUUGUCCGAUGUUAGAGGAAGUUGUCUCAAAGGAAACACAAGAAAAUGAAGUUACUAAAAUGCUUGGGUUCCCAAAACUUGAAAAAGUCACACUUCAAUUUCUGAGUAAAUUUAAAAGCUUCACAUCUCAAUCAAAUAACGUUGCUGUUCGUCAAACAUUAUUCAACCAGGUUACGUUGCCUAACAUUGAGAUGUUGGAUGUUCGUCAAUUGGAUUGUAUUGUAAAGCUACUGGGAGACGAGGAAAUGCCAAUCACAUCUAAUUGGAUUAAACUAAGAGACCUGUCUGUGAUGCAUUGUGGUAAUUUGGUGACCAUUGCACAUUCUGAUUCGAUUAAACUACUGCAAAAUCUCGAAAGAUUUUAUGUAGAGAAUUGUCAAGAAGUAGAAGUAUUGUUUGACUUUGUGGAUGUAAAGGUGAAUGAAGAUGAUGCAGAAAUUAGUAUACUUGGUCGAUUAAAUUCAUUGGAGAUAUCUACACUACCUAAACUAGUGCAAAUUACGAGGAUGGUUUCCAAAGGAAUUCGUGUCUUCCAAAAUUUGACAUCGCUUCAAGUUUCAGCAUGUUGCUCUUUAAAGUACUUAUUCCCACAUUCUUUGGUCAACUCACUUGUGGCACUAGAAUAUCUACGGGUCUACAAUUGUGAAGUAUUGGAAAGUAUUAUUGGAAGAGAAAACGAGAGUUCGGUGGCUGACAUGCUUGCCUUCCCAAAACUAAAAGAACUCAAGCUUCAAGAAUUGCAAAAUUUUAAGAGCUUCACAUCUGAAUCGGACUCCGGUGGCGUUCUUCAAACAUUGUUCGACAAGGUUACAUUGCUUAACUUGGAGGAAUUAAAUAUUGGUAAAUUGGGUUGUACAGUAAAAAUACUGUACGAGGAGAGGCAAAUCAGAUCUCUUCAUAGACUAAAACAACUUUCAGUGGAACGUUUGGAUGAUGUGUCUGUAUUGUUUGACUUUGAGGAUCCAACGGUUAGUGAAGAUCAAGUAGAAAGUGUACUUUGUCGAUUAAACUCAUUGAAGCUAGAAGGACUACCUAAAUUAGCGCACAUUACAAGGAUGGUUCCUAAAAGGAUGCGUAUUUUCCAGAAUUUGGCAUCACUUCAAGUUUCGGCAUGUGACAACUUAAGGUACUUGUUCUCACAAUCUAUCGGCAACUCGCUUGUGGCUCUAGAAAGUCUACGAAUUCACAGUUGUGAAGCACUGGAAGGGAUUAUUAAAAGAGAGGAUGGAUCUUUGGCGGUUCAGCUCCCAAAACUGAAAGAACUCAAGCUUCUACAGCUGAAAAGUUUUAAGAGCUUCGAAUCUGAACCAAACUCCGUUUUCAACCAGCCUACAUUGCCCAACUUGGAGGAGUUUAAUAUUGGUGGAUUGGACAUUACCAUAAAAAUACUGUAUGAGGCGAGACAUAUCAGAUCUCUUCAUAAACUAAGAAAACUAUCGGUGGAACUUUUGGCUGAUGUGCAUAUACUAUUCGACUUUGAUGGUCUAAUGGUUACUGAAGAUCGUGUGGAAAGUUUACUUGGUCGGUUAAACUCAUUGAAAAUGUUAAAUCUACCUAAAUUAGUGCACAUCACAAAGAAGGUUCCUAAAGGGAUUUGUGUCUUCAAGAAUUUGACGUCGCUUGAUGUUGGAAAAUGUGGCAGCUUAAGGUACUUAUUUUCACCUUCAAUGGCCGAUUCGCUUGUGGCUCUAGAAAGUCUAGAGGUUGUAGAUUGUGAAGCAAUUGAAGAGAUUAUUGGAAGAGGAGAAGAAGAAGAAGGAACUUCAGAGAUUGAAAUGGUCGAAGAAAGAAUGAUGAACAAAAUUGUGUUUCCUAAAUUGUAUAGUCUACAACUCAAAAAUCUUGAAAAAUUCAGAAUGCUUUCCUCUCAAAACUGUAAAAUUGUGUUCCCUUCACUGGAUAAAUUGGAAAUUCGACAUUGCCCUGUGAUGAAAAAAUUUUGGUUACGACAGCUAAGUGCAGUGAAGCUCAAUUACAAAUUUAUUUCCACAAAACCGGUUGAUGAAGAAAAUGAUGACAGCAAAGGAGUUGAGGAUAUCCUGGGUUCUGAAGCUGUAAUGUCAAUAGCUCAUACUUUGUAA